AUGUUCUUUUGGCAAUACUUCCUUAUUUCUUAUGAGCCCUACAGAGCUCUUUGCGUUGAAACUAACUUGCCACUAAGGCCACUUCUCCACAACGGUUUACCGCCUCAUAGUGGCAUGGAGGUGACACUGGGCGUCGAACUGCGAUGCACAGCGGAGGUUGGGCGACGACCUGUGGUGAAAGCUAAGCUCGCCGUGGCAUGGCUGCUUAGUUUGGGGGAAAGUCUCUUUGCCACUCCAGCAUAUUCACUGCCUCAGUACCCUGCACACUGGGCCCUGCUGUCUCAGACGUCGGAUGGUAAGGCGACCGGUGAGAAGCGAUCAAAUCUCAGGUUGCUCAGGACAUCAUUAAUUUUGGACCAAGGCGACACACGCACGACUCGCCAUGGAGACUGUCUCAAACUGUGUAUUUACAACGCGAGAACAGUUUCCACAGACGCUGACCUGCAUGCCCUUCUCGGAGCUGCAGAGCGUAUCAAAUUUCACGUGAUUGCUCUGCAGGAGACUAAGUGCAGAAGGAGCGACGUACGACAGAUGAAUGACGGUGCACUCGUCAUUCGUGGAGAGAAGGUUCCGUCGCAAAAUGUAGGCGGUGUUGGUUUUGUUGUGCACCCAUCUGUCGUCCAUCUCGUCGAUUCUCACGAGAUCCUGUCACCUCGUCUGGCCAUUCUUCGCCUCCGCCCUCUGCGCCAAAAACCCAUCAGUAUCAUCAACUGCUACUCACCAUCAGCAGCUGAUGAUUCCGAAUUGGACGCGUUUUACGAGGAGCUUAAGGAAGUAGUCCGCGACGAGAAGUCCUUCUACAAAUUCGUUGUCGGAGACUUCAACGCAAAACUAGGAAAGGCCACAGAAGAGGAAUACAGGAUUGGAAGAUUUGGACUAGGGGACCGGAAUGAAAAUGGCAAUCGUCUCGCCGGGAUGUUGUCCGCCGCUCGCCUCUUUCAUGGGAACUCUCUUUUCAUGAAAAAAGAUCAUCGUCGGUGGACAUGGGAAUCGCCCAAUGGCGCGACUCGUGCGGAGAUCGACCACAUACUCACCAAGCGGAGGUGGUGUCUACUUGACGUCUCAGUAGUACCAUCCUUUUGUAGUGGUUCUGAUCACCGUCUCCUUCGUGCGAAAAUACGACUUAGCCACACGAUGGAAAAGAACAUCUGCUAUCGGCAACGAAGGAGAAAAGAAGUUGUCUACGACGAUUGCGUACUCGAGGACUCCUUGUCCCAAGGUGACUGGCACAUCGAGGAGGACCCAAACGUAGACUACGAGAUGCUGCUCAGAGGAUUACGAGCCUGUGCUGAACGUGCCUCGAAGCCGCGCACGACAAACUUGGAUCGAAUUUCGAAGACCACCAAGGAAUUGUUGGAAAGAAGAAGGGCUUUGAGGCUUGAUCCGAAUGCAUCGCACAUUGAGCGGUUAGUAGCAAACACUAGCUGCAGAAAAGCGUUGCAGGAGGAUCUUUUGAAGUACAGGCAGAAGAAGAUUCUAGAAGCAGCACAAAGAAGAACGAGUCUAAAGAAGUGCCGCAGGGAUCUCCGCGAAUAUAAUAUUCCGCUAGCAGCCUUGCUGAGCGAAGACGGGACUCGCACGUCUUAUCGUCGUGAGAUGGAAAUCAUUACGGAAAGGUUCUACUCGAACCUUUUCCGUUCAUCAACUCCUGUGUCAAGCCCAAUCAUCCCCACUGGCGAAGCUCCACCACGGAUUCUCCCUUCGGAAGUACGAGUCGCUAUCAAGAGCAUGAAGCCUGGCACAGCCCCCGGACCUGAUUUUAUAUCAGCAGACUUUCUUCGGGCUGGCGGCCAUCCGCUUCAUGUAAUCUUAGCAGCGCACAUGACAUCCUAUCUUCAGAAAGAAAGGAUCCCAGACCAGUGGAAGACCUCGCGAACCGUUCUUAUCCAUAAGAAAGGUGACCGAGAGGACCUUCGGAACUACCGUCCGAUAUGCUUGCUGAGCGUGUUGUACAAAAUAUUUACCAAGAUCAUCCUCACACGCAUAUCUAGGACGCUGGAUGAAGCCCAGCCUCAAGAACAACUGGAUUCCGCCAGGGGUUCAGCUGCUUGGACCAUCCAGACCGUGUCGAGGGUCAUAGAGGUUUGCGGGAAUACCGCCUGCCCCUUGUUCUAA